CCGUGCCCCGGCGGGAGGGCGGCGGGCGGGCGGGGGCGCGGGAUGACCGGCGUCCUGGAGAGCCUAGUGCCGGACAUGCACGCCAGCCAGAUCUCCGCCGGCGGCUACCAGCAGCAGCAGCAGCAGCAGCAGCAGCAGCAGCAGCACGGCGGCCUGCACAAGCCGCAGGAGUCCCCCACGCUGCCCGUGUCCACCGCCACCGACAGCAGCUACUACACCAACCAGCAGCACGGGGCGGCGGGCGGGCCGCCCUACGGCCCGCUGGGCUCCUACCCCUACGCGGCCGGCGGCGCCGCCCCCUACUCGGCCAAGGCCGGCUACGACCUGGGCUACGCGGGCGCGUACGGCUCCUACGGGCCCUACGGCGCCAGGGCCUCCCCGGCCAGCAACGACCCCGAGAAGGAGGACUGCGAGCCGGAGAUCAGGAUAGUGAACGGCAAGCCGAAGAAAGUGCGGAAGCCGCGGACCAUCUACUCCAGCUUCCAGCUGGCGGCCCUGCAGCGGCGCUUCCAGAAAACCCAGUACCUCGCCCUGCCCGAGAGAGCGGAGCUGGCGGCCUCCCUCGGCCUCACCCAGACGCAGGUGAAGAUCUGGUUCCAGAACCGCCGUUCCAAGUUCAAGAAGAUGUGGAAGAGCGGCGAGAUCCCGGCGGAGCCCCCCCCGCGCCGCAGCGCCUCGCCUCCGCCCCCCGCCUCGCCCCCGGCCUGGGACUUCGCCGCGCACCCGCGCACGCCGGGCGGCCCCGCCAGCCCCAGCCCCGCCGCUGCCUUCCUCGGCGCCUACCCCUGGUACCCGACGGCGCCCAGCGGCCCCGCGCACCUGCCGGCGGCCGCCCCCCUCCCGCAGCCGCCGCAGCCCCCGCACCACCACGGCGGCGGCAUCUUCUAGGCGCCGCAGAGACUCGAGCCCGCGGGGCCCCGACGUACAGCACUGGUGCUUUGGAGCAGCCCCGUCCCGUCCCGUCCCGUCGCGGUACCGGACCGAGCUCCCCGAGCUCCUCCCAACGCCCCCCGCAGCCGAAGUGAGCAGUGCGGGACCGGCGCCCCUCUCCUCUCCACAGCCCCCGUCGUUCUCGUCAAAUCACCAGUGCAGAACUUUGCUUAAUUUUAUUUUUUAUUUUUUUAAAGUUGAUAGGUGCCUUUGCGGAAGACCUCAUUUUGAUGUUGGGGACUAAACAAAAAAUAAUAAUAAAACGAUAAAAAAAAGAUAAAUAAUUUUUAUAUGUAGAUUUAAAACGAGAGCCUCCCGUGUUUAAGUUAUCCCUUGUAGCCGUGUAGGAACCAGCCCGGCGAGGGGGGGUCUCCCGCCCGUACCGUGCUUUCGGGCGGGGGUCGGGCCCCGACGGGGCCCCCCCGGCAGCCCCCGGCCUUGCCCCGGCGCGGUUCGCCGUUCAGACCCGUGAAACGAAACGAAACAAAACAAAAAAGGGUAUUUGGGGUUAUUUAUUAUGGAAAACUUAAACACUCUUUAAUGUUUCUU